UCUUCAAAAUCUAAUAUUUUUAGGAGGGCAAGAGGCUAAAAAGCGAAGACUUUCUCUCUCCUCUCCAACGAGAAAAACACCUGAGAAGAAGGAGGAAGUUGAAUGAAUGAUGGCAACUUCGCAAUUUCAAGAAACUCCAAGUGCAAAAUUUGAAGACCACCCAGUCACAGACUCCACAAAAACUAUAAACUCUCUCUCUCAUCGCAACGAACACUCGCACCAAAUUUCCCUCUCUGGUCUCUCUCUCUACGAAACCUCCAUGAAAGAACCUCCUCUUCACCAUCAUCACCAUCUCUCUCGUCGCAAGAGACCCACCAAUAAUAAUAACCAGCUCAAGAAACUCAAGCUCGUAUGCAGCUUCAAUGGCUGUUUCCAAACCCGUCCACCUUCAGCCAAGCUCCGCUACGUCGGCGGCGAGACUCGUAUCAUCUCCGUCGACCGGAAUAUCAGCUUCUUGAAGCUCCGAUCAAAGAUUGCGGAUCUAUGCCCCAAAACCACCUCCUUCGUCCUCAAAUACCAGCUUCCCGAAUCGGACCCUGCCUGUUUCGACUCCGGUACUCCUCUGGUCCUGAUCGCCUCCGACGACGACGUUCGCUGCAUGAUAGACGAGUACGAUAAACUCGAGCUUUACUGUAAGAAUGCCAGGCUCUGGGUUUACGUGUGUAGCAAUAAUGGCGGUGAUAAUGCGAUGGUGAUGAAUCAAUUGUAUGGGAAUUGUACGGGAAUUAAGGGUUUGAAUGGGCUAGAAUAUGAAACUGCAAUUGGUGGUGGCGGUGGUGGUGUUAAUAAUGGGUUUGAGUCUCACUCUCAAAAAUGUGAGAACCAGGUGUUUGGAGCUCAGGUUGAUGGUAAGGUUGUUAACAAUUUAGGUGGAGUACGGUGUGGUUGUGGUGAUGAUUCGCUCAGAACAAUUGGUGGUGGUGGUGUUAACAGUGAAACUGCAAUUGGUGGUGGUGGUGGUGGUGUUAAUAAUGGGUUUGAGUCUCACUCUCAAAAAUGUGAGAACCAGGUGUUUGGAGCUCAGGUUGAUGGUAAGGUUAUUAACAAUUUAGGUGGAGUACGGUGUGAUUGUGGUGAUGAUUCGCUCAGAACAAUUCUGCUGAAACAGCGAAUGGUGGCAAAACAAUCGGCUCAAAUUCAUAGCAGUCAAGGUGUUUGGGGUUUUGCUUCUGCUGAGAAUGAAGCCGGAACUGUAUGCUGCGGUGAAAAUCGAAAGUUUGAUCACCCACUGAUAGAUUUAGGACCUCAACAACCCCAAGUCUCAAUUAGCAGAGACGAGGUGAUUCAGAGUUUUGAGGACCUCGACGUGUUAGAUAGCAAAACAGCAGGUACGCAUGUGCCUAGAAGUGAGAAUUGGGUUCAGUUUCCAGCGCCCCGUCCCAUUCCCUUGAAUCCCAUGGAUGGGAAUCUGCGUGUGGAACCAAAUAGUUCGACGCAAUGUUUGGCGGUGAACUGUGGCAGCGUUUUCUGUAAUGGGUGUUGGAUUCCCAGUGGGUCGCUUUCAGCACUGCAAGGUUCGUCAAACUUGAAGCAACUGGGAAGUUAUGGUGAAGGUUUGUUGUGUGGCUUUGGUGCUAAGCAGGAUUGGAGAAACACUGGACCUGUGCAGAUGAGCAAUUUCAACAGGGAGAACAUUAUGCCUUGGGGAGCAGUUUCAGUUCCUUGUGUUGAUCAUUUGACUGGAGUUGCUUAUCCCCAGAAUUCUAUGUACAACGGCAACAGGGUUUGUGAUGGCUUUCGGAGCAGUAUAAGAAAUCAUAGGUUUGGAGUAAACGAUUCUAGAAAUCAGCGUCUCUGUUCAUACCAUGCUCAGGAUCUUCGAAACAUGGCUGAAAUGGGUAACCAUCGAGCUGCUGCAAGAUUGGAUGGAAGGAAUUCAAUGGGAAAAAGCUACUAUGUGCUCAGACCAAAUACGAGCAUAGCAAAACAGGGGCAGUCUAUGAGAGUAUUUUAUCCCCACUCGUGGAGGCAGAGGUCUGUUUUUCCAGAGCAGCAAGUGUUAAAUGGACGGGCUAAUAUGAAGGAUUAUAGCAUGAAUAAGAAAGAGACUCUGUUGUAUGACGUUCAGUAUAGCAAUGAUAAACUACGGGAUCAGAGAGGCCCUGCAGUUUCACCGAGCAGAAAUUCAAAGGUUGAGGAAUCUUAUUUAGCUUAUGCCGGAGCAUGCAGCAGAUUGAACAGCCAAAUUCUCUCAUCUCGUGAUGCGAUUGAGAGUUCCAAUCCUUGCAUGACGACAAUGAAGACUCGGGCUGAUCUCUUAUCUGGUUCUAAUUGUGAGAAGUAUGAAAUUUCUUCUCAGACUUUGGAUGAUAAUUUCGGUGAAAUACCCACAAGUUUUGAUCCUAUCCAUUGUUAUGAGGUUGCAAACGUCUCUGGUUUUUCUAAUGGUCUGAUUCAUAGCAAUGGAACAGAAUUGGGAUAUAAUAAGAAAUUUCUAGGUGAUGUAGUAGCCGUAGAUUCUCUUAGCAACCAUAGAAAUGACUCUAAAGAUGUACAAGUACACAAGGAAGAAAUUGCAUCUUCGGUUAAUAGCUUUCUGGGUAACCCUUCACCAUCGUCAUCCAAAGAAGUUAAGCCUCCUGCAUUCUCACCUGGUUCUAGCACAGAUGCUUCUUCUGAUGCCACUCUAAAAGCUCAAUCUAAGGCUGUUGAUCUCAUGGAGGAAGGACAGCAUGGUGGGUCUAAGCUUUCCUCCCAGAAUGCAGGAGAGAUGAAAAAAAAUCACGUGCAAGAGGGAGAGGUCCAACAAGAUUCUUUGUGCAGUUUAAGCAUUGAUGAAAAGACCAACAAUAAAGAAAGUCAUAAAUCCUCAAAGGUGAUCGAUGGAAUCCCUAGUGACCUGGCAGGAUUUUAUACUCAUCUUGCUACACGAGAGCUGCAGACCAUUAAAAAUUGUGACCUUGAGUAUAUAAAAGAACUUGGUUCUGGCACUUAUGGAAGUGUAUAUCAUGGAAAAUGGAAGGGGUGUGAUGUCGCUGUUAAGAGGAUUAAACCGAGUUGUUUUACUGAUGGCACAGUAGAGGAGGAUCGAUUGGUUGCAGACUUCUGGAAGGAAGCUCACAUGCUUGGUCAGCUUCACCAUCCAAAUAUAGUGGCAUUUUAUGGUGUAGUUACAGAUGGACCAGUGACAAAUCUGGCAACAGUGACAGAGUAUAUGGUGAAUGGCUCCUUAAAACAAGUUUUUCGAAGAAAAGAUCGAAGUAUUGAUCGUCGUAAGAGGCUGAUUAUAGCAAUGGAUGCAGCCUUUGGUAUGGAAUAUCUACAUGGAAAGGGCAUUGUCCACUUUGAUUUGAAAUCUCAUAAUUUCCUUGUGAAUAUGAGGGACCCUCAACGGCCAAUAUGCAAGAUUGGUGAUCUGGGCUUAUCUAAAAUAAAGCAAAAGACGCUUGUUUCUGGUGGGGUACGUGGUACAAUACCAUGGAUGGCACCAGAGCUUUUGAACAGUAAUAACAACUUAGUAACUGAAAAGGUUGAUGUCUACUCAUUUGGGAUUGUUAUGUGGGAGUUAUUGACUGGAGAGGAACCCUAUGUAAACAUGCGCUCAGAGGACAUAAUAGCUGGUAUAAUUAAAGGCAAUUUGCGACCUGAUAUCCCAACUUGGUGUGAUCCAGCAUGGAGGUCAUUGAUGGAGAAGUGCUGGUCACGUGAUCCUGAUUCUAGGCCAUCCUUCACAGAGAUUUCAAAGGAGCUUCGCACCAUAUCAGCAACCAUGAACAUCAAAUGAAAAUGGUGUCGAAAUUGAGCCCUAUGUUGAACUGUAGAUUUUUCGUGUAAAUACUUUAGGAGAAACUAGAAAACAUGGCAUGCUGCUGAGAUGUGGACUUAGGUCCUUUUUUUUUCAUCCACUCUCAUGUCUGAUUUAAAGCGAGUCAGCCCUUAGUUUAGGAUCAGAUGCCAGGCGUUAUUUUUGGAGUCGCUGGCAUCUGUAUGAAAUAUACAGCCAGAUGUUUGUAAAACGUAAAAGGUUCCAUUUAGGUUGCAAUUUUGUCUAGGCUUCAAAUUUUCAAAUGUAUAGGACUAUACAAAUGAUAUUUUCAUGAAAUGGAAAUUCAAAUGGAGAGGUUUUAGACUUGGUAA